UUAAAAAUGGUUAAUUCUGAAAGAACCGUUUGCCGGUCAAAUAUGAUAUGUUAAUUUUGUACUAAUAAACUCGACAAGGCUACAGAAGAGCCCAAUCCUAAAUCCUAAAUAACCCCCUUUGUGAAGAAAAAGUACUUGGGCCGACCCAUCAAUCUCAUGGACCUAUUUUGCUCGACAAGUGCGGCCCAGAUAGACAUCUCUCUCAGUCGCGUUGGCAAGCUCACUACUGCGCACGUGGCAUUGUCACAGCUACCAAAAUAUAUCCUCUCCCUCUUCAAUCUCCAUUCAAUCCAAAGGCGAAGAAAUUUUCAGGGCUUUUAGGGUUUCAGUUUCAAUAAAUCAGGCGACAAUGGCGAGAAGUAAUCUCGGCCGCUUAUUCUCCAACUUAUCCUCCUCCUCCUCCUUCUCCCCAGCAAUCCCUGCCGCGUCCGUAACCAGAUCCGAUCCGGCGAUUAGCUCCCUCCGCAGACUCGUGAGCUCGACAACGACGAAGACCCAGCAAUCCAAGCAGCAGGAGGAAGAGCCGCCGAGCAAGCGGAAUCCGAAUCCGGAGCCUGAGAGCGAGAAGAAGGCAGAGGAAGAAGGAGAAGAGGGUGGAGAUGGCGACGAGCUUGACCUGAACGAAGAUACGGGCGAGAUCGGCGGGCCCAGAGGUCCCGAGCCGACUCGGUACGGCGAUUGGGAGCGGAACGGCCGCUGCUACGAUUUCUAGAGCUUCGAUCUAGAAGACUACGAGAACAGUCGAAAUUUACCAAGAUAUCCUUCCUCCUGUUGAGGUUUAUGUUUAGGUUUCGAGGAUUAAUUGGAACUUUUUUAGAUUGAAUAAGUCAUUAAUUACUGAAUAAUGACUCUUGUUUGGGUUUAACUGUUUUCGAUCUUUCAUUUUAACGUGGGCCUUUCCGUGUUGUGUUUGUGGGCUGAGCCCAAAAUCGCGUGAAUCUAACACAUUUGUAAGAAUCGUGGUUAAGUACGGUUACAUAAACCUCUCUCUCUCCAAUAUUAACUAUUGUAUUAAAGCACAUGGUAUGAGGAGAUCUGUGCAAACUUCAACCUCUUGAAUCGACUUUCAUUUGAGGAGGCGUGUAAGAAAACGCUUAAAUAUCA